GAACAAACAACGCUCUUUAAAAGUAAAAGUAGUAUCACUGAUACGACUCUAACCUGGCACAGGUCAUAGCGGCUACUCUUUAACAUGGACUGGACAAGGACAUCUUUUGUCACUGAAAGUGAUGCGGGUAUCUAGACCAUCACUAGCUAGUGCAUGGCAGCCCUUCUAUUCCAGCUCACCCUCUUCUCUACCCAUUCUACAGCGUCAAUCCUCUCUCUGCAAGGAAAGACACCUCUCCCUGGCCAUCCCAAGACCCUACGUGAUCUCACCCAUGCUUCUGAGUUCCUCACACUCCCCGCCUCAUUUGGAGCCGUUCAGCUGGGCGAAACAUUCUCCAGUUGCAUAUGCAUCAACAAUGAGACCAACAUCGAGAUUCGAGGGCGUUAUUGUCCGCGUUGAGAUCCAGACAGCAAACUCCAAGGUACUGUUGGCUGAACUGGGUGGCCCGGGCUUUAAGCUAGCAGUAGGAGAUUCAUUGGAAUAUGUAGCCAAUCACGAGGUGAAGGAGUUAGGCCACCACGUUCUGGCUUGUAUCGUCUCAUACCACCUUCCUCCGUCAUAUCGACACGCCCCUGGUGCUAGCGAAACCUCCAAUGAAGCAACCUUCCGCAAGUUUUACAAGUUUGCUGUCACAAAUCCUCUGUCUGUAAAGACAAAAGUACACCUGCCUCGAUCUCCGUCCGCAUUGCUCACUUCUUCGGAGCGCGAGAAAGUGUUCCUUGAGGUCCACAUUCAGAACAUGACACAAGACGCGAUGUGGUUCGAGCACAUAGAGUUUGAGUGCGCGGAGGGAUGGAGUGUUGCUGAUGCCAACACGAUACCCAGCGCAGAUGAUGACAAGGACCAUAGAUUAUUCUCCGGUUCGAUGGCUCUCAUGCAACCACAAACAAUACGACAGUACAUCUACAUUCUAACCCCAACAUCAUCGUCCUCGUUUACCGACGUUCAUCCAGCAGGCAGUAUCAUCCCUCUUGGUAAACUUGACAUUUCAUGGCGUUCUCAGUUCGGCGAGCCAGGCCGUUUAUUGACUUCGAUGUUAUCCCGUCGAAUUCCUGGUCCUCCUCCCGCUCCAAACCCUACCCCAGCCCCAGCACCCCCAUCUCAGCAUCCUGUAUCAGCCCUUCCGCCUUAUCUUCAGCGUAAUGUGCCAAGUGCGCCAUCCUCACCCGCGCGACCACGAUCGCCACAGCUUCCUCCUUCUCGACCUAGUUCUCCACCCCCAGCUCCGUACAGACCAAGCUCACCUUUUCGCACACGCCCGAUGGCUGGCCCUUCGCGUCCGCAAUCACCUGCAGCCGGAUCUAUAUCCAACGUGUCUGUCGCACCAAAUCAACAACAACCAGUACCACUGGUGCCUGCUCACGUAUCGGGCGUCGAGGUGGAUGUUAUCAUAAAUCACAUUCCCAGGGAAUCCAUCGCUGUUGACCGUCCCUUCAAGAUCGCCUUUACUGCCACCGUUUCUGCUGCUCCACCACAGGCGAAGGGGAAACAGAGGGUGAUCUCUCUUGCUGUACAGCAUCUUCAGUGUCCGCGUUCCACAGCGAUUGCAUACCCUGAACAAUCGCAGGCCGCCGAGACCAUUAGCUCGCGGUACUCCUCCCUCGGCCUGACUUCAGUAAUAUCGACCGUUGUCACCUCUGUGCAAAGCUCCCCCAACAUGGCAAGCGACAAUCUCUUGGUUGUCUCUCCAGAGAAGAUGCUUGCACAUGGUGGACUGCCCACUCUGCCGCCCCCUUACUUCGAGUUCGCUGACGAGGGAAAGCGCGCAAAGCUGAAAGGCUGUGUGUUUAUGGGAUCCUCCACACUGUUCCUAAACCCGAUUACGCUCACCGACGCUAGUCCCGUCAGUCAUCGUGAAGAUCUAUCAGAUGGUGAUGUGGAGAAGGUAGAGGGUAGUCAAGAGUUUGAGCUUACCUUCCUGCCUGUGCAGACAGGAUUUGUGCAAGCGGGUGGACUGCGCCUCCUACUGAUCAAGGAUGAGUUCAUAGAUUUUGGUGCAGAUCAGGCCACUUAUCGCUUAGGAUCGAGCACGAAGGAAGCAAGGACACUGAAAGAGUUAGAUGUAGUCGCUGAACUUUGGGUUCCUUCAUGAUAUAUUCCUUACUGCAGAAUCACAUCGAGUAUGAAUCACUGUAACGUCAUCUCCAGACAACCAAGAUAUAACUCUUUUGAAC